CUGACCCCCCCACCCUUCACUUCCACCACCAUCCUCCUUCCCUUCCCUUCCCUUCCGUCCACUUGCUUCAAUUUGGAUCGCCGUUCUGUCUUGCAGCGAGCUGAUCAUUCUCACUGAUUUGCUGCCAUGCUCUAUUUUGUGGCGCGGCAUUGAGCAAGCAAAGUAUCACUCUCUCUCGUGCAAGGCAGCGAGCGAGCUCUUGUGUACAUUCGUGAUCAAUCUUAGUAUUGCUGCUGCUGCUGAUGCUCUUACCGCGAUUUUGAAUUUAAGCUGCUCGAAACGAGAGUGUUCAAAAUUUAGGUCAUUGGAGCGCCGAGAGUGGGUGUGGAGAGGAGGGCGUGAGAGGGGGGAUGGUUGGUUGAGGGGUCCGAUCGAGGGGUGUGAGGGAGGGUUUGAGAGUGUGUGCCUUUGUCGCGAAUUGAGACGAUUGGGGAAGAUGCGGAUGGGGAAGAGUGGAGGAGGGACGGGGCAUCUGGGAGGGGAGCUUCAGUGGAGGUUGUUUGAUGGUUCGGUUUGCUGGAGACAGGGGACGAGUUACUUCCGCGGCAUUGCUCUGGCUGUUUUGUUUCUGUGCCAGGCUUUCCACGCUUUCGCCUCUGAUGCUGCUUCUUAUUUGCAAAGUGGAGAUGCCGCUUUAUCUUCAGGAGACUAUACCAUUGCGAUAAAGCAAUAUAGCAAAUUUAUUGAACUGGAUCCAGCAGCACCAUUAGGUUUUACAAAAAGAUCAGCUGUUUACCUUCAACAACGGAAGUACCGUGAAGCUUUGGUAGAUUUAGACAGGGCGCUAUCAGUGGAUUCAACGUUCUUUCAAGGUUACUUGAAUAGAGGACGACUUUUGCGACAAAUGUGUCGUUUCAAGGAAGCCGAGAAAGACUUUGACAAGGUAUUGGAGCUGAAACCUGGGCACUCACAUGGGACGAAGGACCUGAAGCAGUCAGUUCAUGCAGCAGCUUUGCUAGAAAAGGCCACUGCAUUAUUUGAUGCUGAGGAUUUCGACCAGGCUGCGGAGGCUCUGGAGAACGUUCUGGACAUAUCUUCAGAGUGCGCUCAGGCGCGGUUGUUGAGAGCUAAAUUAGCUUUGAAGAAGAAAGAUUUCAGUGAUGCGGUUGCGGAGGCAGGGCGUGUGCUGAAGUUGGAUGAUGGUGACUUGGAUGCUUUACUGGUUCGUGGAAAUGCAUACUUCUAUCUUGCUGACCAUGAUGUUGCCCUCAGGCAUUAUCAGUCAGGUCUCCGUUUGGACCCCGAACAUGGAGAAUUGAAGAAGCAGUAUUUUAAGUUGAAACUUUUGCUGAGAAAGACGAAGGCUGCUGAAGAAGCAUUGGAAAAGAAUAAGCUUCGCACCGCUGUUGAAGCCUACUAUGCUGCCCUGGAGGUUGUACCAGACCAUGAUCUUCACAACAUCAAGCUGAAUAUGGGCCUCUGCAAAGCACUGGUUAAGCUUGGACGUGGGAAGGAUGCUGUUACGCGUUGCUCUCUCGUUGUGGGAAUGGAUAGUGCUUCGGUUGAGGCAUUGCAGCAGAGGGCGGAGGCUAGAUUACUUGUGGAAGACUGGGAAGGAGCUGUGGCUGAUUUUAAGGCCGCAAUUGAGCAAAAUCCACAGGACCACGACCUUAGAGAAGGACUUCACAGAGCUGAGCAUGCCUUGAAGUUGAGCAAACGGAAGGAUUGGUAUAAGAUUCUCGGUUUGACGAACACAGCAUCAGCUGCAGAGAUCAAACGUGCUUACAAGAAGCUUGCACUUCAGUGGCAUCCGGAUAAAAAUCAGGAUAACAAGGAGGAAGCGGAAAACAAGUUCCGUGAGGUUGCGGAGGCUUACGAGGUACUUGGAAAUGAAGAGAAGAGGGAACGGUAUGAUAGGGGCGAGGACAUGGAAGAGCAGCAAAUGGGUGGAGGCCAUGGAUACAACCCGUUUAAUGGUGGAGGCCAAACAUUCUCUUUCCAGUUCGAGGGAGGGUUUCCUGGAGGCGGAUUUCACUUUUAGGAUCUAGUGCGUAGCUCAGUAGUCCCGUACCAUUCAUCUGUGGCAUCGCCAAAGUAAAGCUUAAAUUGUUACAAACAUGGAUGCUCUUUGGAAUCGUAUCCGCUCAUCGUGACUGUUGAUUGUAGUAUUCCAGCUCAACGUUUGUGAAUGCUCCGGCAGUAAAUUCGUCAGAAGAUUUCGCUUGGAUAGCUCAGUAACGUCAAUGGCGCUCUCUGCGUCAUGGUGUGCUUUUAUGCCAGACUUUGGGUAUCUAAGCCGUAGGCCUAUUUUAUUUUCCUAAAACUGUUCGCCUAGUUUAUACCCGGUUUUCCUCGACUACCAUCAAUAAUGACAUCCCAAAGUGCCUGAAGCUGAGCAGAAAGGGACGUGGGUUGUCACUCAAUUCACGGCUACACUGAUCCUUACCUUUCCCAGCUUAGACAGGAAUGCCAGGCACUGAAAUGUGUAUUGAACCGAAAGGAACAGAGAGUAUGUGUGAGCCUGUGGCUGUGGCUCUUAAGAAAACGUCGAACAACCC